GACUUUAGGUGGUUGAACGCCGCCACGUUGCGGCUUCGAUCCGUCGCUAAAGCAUUCAAUUGAAUUUCUUCCGUGCUUUCCGGAACGUGAACACAGCACUCACCACUCAGCAAAAAGUAUACUUUGGUUACGCCAUCGUAAGCCGGGUGCAACCUUUCACCAGGUUCGAACACGUGAAGUUGUAGCUUUUGAGCAAGUUGAAGUAGAAUAUCAUGCGGCAGCUUUCGGAAGCAUUCGUAGCGAUGGAGAAACCGCUUCACUACUCGCAUGACAUGUUGGUCAGCUAGCAUCGCUGUAUCCAAUCGAAAGGGCGCUGUAGAAUGCAAAUCUGGCUUGUUGAAAAGGAGAUGAACAUCGCUCAGUAUUCUUGCUUCCGCCUCCACGUUAAACCGUGCGAUACGAAGAUAAUCCGCUUUCGUGACGAAGGCUAUCACUGCGUACCAAAAUCAACAAGUAAAAAUAAGACCCCAUAUUUUGCAGCAGCCAAAUGUACAGCGACCAAGAUUCUUACACGAGGUGGUUUGCGCCAGCACUGUCGUCUUCCGAAGAACUGCACCAGUAGUAGCAUCCUUUUUGAGUGUCGUGCCAAACCACAAAUAUGUUUUAGCAAAAAGGUAGGCAGUAUCCCAAUACCGUUCCCAGCGCAACUACCCACCUCGCCACAGUUCGAUCCUUGGUUGCACGUGCCGAUACACUUGCCCAACCUGUCGACACCUUCGCCACUCCUACUACCUUGAGGGUGAUCUCCAGCAUCUUCCUGCUUGGAAAACACCAACAAAGACCCCAAAACGACAAGAAAUCGUCCACUUGUAUCGUCAAUGGCAUCUCCUUGUCGAAACACCGCCUCCCCAUCAUGCACGACUCGGAAGUGCAAAACUCUGGCCAGUGCUGCAUGCAAACACGGCAUUUCCGGCCGUUAACACCUAAACCACCCAUUCCACCGCAACACCACAAAGUGUCCCACCGUCAGUGGAAGCCGAGGACAAGCCGGCGUUAAACCUGCUCCGCCGAAGGAGCUCUGCCUGGUGUGCCACACAACGUCAGCCCAAGCAAUUCAGCCACCCAACCACCACUUGAAACUCUCCGCACCAAUAGCUUGACGUCCACGUCUGAGCGGCAGUGGAACCUGUUGACAGCCAUUUCCACUCAGUAACUUUCCCUCUAAAAUAAUUAUUACCUAUUAUUUAUGCAACAAAUUAGUAAAAUAACCUACGGUUUAGAUACGAUCCUCCGCAGCAGAGCUCUCUUCUUGUCCGCGCAACAGCCGUCGACUUCGUACGGGAACGCGUCGCGGAACGAGGUGCAUGUGUGCGUGGGGGCGGCCGCCCGCCUCGAGCGCAGCAGCCGCAGCACGAGCGCCGCCGCUCGCAGCGUGCGCCACCGCCGGCUCGGGCUCAUAAGACGACUUCAACCUGGUUUUUGGGCCAAUCGCCGCGCAGGAUUUGCAGCACUCGUUUCGUUGGCUGAGCCGAACACGCAGAGCGGUUUCGCGGGGCAUACAAAGCGCAAGGUAUUUUCGUGGCAGCCACUCGCCCGGCCUCCGCACCCCUUUGUCAGUUGUCAGUUCACUCCGUCCGAGCGUCAAGCAGCGCUCGCUUAGCUCCAGCCUCAGCCUCAGCCCCCCCCCUCCCUCUUCAACCAUGUGCGGCAUUAUCGCGUUGAUGCUGGCCAACAAGUACGAGCACUGCAACCAGGGGCUCUACGAUGGACUCACGGUGCUGCAGCACCGCGGACAAGGUAACUAACUAGGCCACGUCAGGGGGGUUACUGCUGGGCUAACGGAUACUUGCCGCUUGUUGCGAAUUGCAGACGCUGCCGGCAUCAUGACCUGCGAGAAGAAGCGCCUGUUCCUGCGCAAGGACAACGGCCUCGUGCGCGACGUGUUCAAGCAGAACCACAUGCUCAACCUGCGCGGCAACAUGGGCAUCGGCCACUGCCGCUACCCGACGGCGGGCUCGAGCUCGAGCUCGGAGGCGCAACCCUUCUACACCAACUCGCCCUACGGCGUGGCGCUCGCGCACAACGGCAACCUCACCAACUCGCACGAGCUCGUGGACCAGCUGGCCAACACCAACUUCCGCCACGUCAACACGGACUCGGACUCGGAGCUGCUGCUCAACAUCCUGGCCGACGAGCUGCUCAAGCGCGUGGACCAGCCGCUGGACACGGAGAUGGUGCUGGACGCUGUUGCGGGCGUCUUCAAGCGCUGCCGCGGCGGCUACUCGGCCGUCGUGCUGAUCAACGGCUUCGGUAUCGUGGCCUUCCGCGACCCGCACGGCAUCCGCCCGCUGGUCUACGGCACGCGCAAGUCCCAGCACGGCACUGACUACGUCGUGGCCUCGGAGAGUGUGGCCAUCGACACGCUCGAGUUCAAGACGGAGCGCGACUUCGCCCCCGGUGAGGCCAUGGUCAUUAAGCAGCGCGGCGAGAUGACCACCCGCAAGUGCGUCCCCGACGCUAAGCUGUCUCCCUGCAUCUUCGAGCACGUAUACUUUGCUCGCCCGGACUCGUUCAUCGACGGCGUGUCGGUGUAUCAGGCGCGCCGCAACAUGGGUGCCAAGCUGGCGGAGAAGAUCCUGCGCGAGCGUCCGGACCACUGCAUUGACGUGGUUAUCCCGAUCCCUGACACAAGCCGCACGUCGGCUCUUGAGGCCUCGCAGCGCCUCAACAUUCCGUACCGCGAGGGCUUCGUCAAGAACCGCUACAUUGCGCGUACGUUCAUCAUGCCUGGCCAGGUUGCGCGUAAGAAGACUGUGCGCAUGAAAUUGAACGCCAUCCGCUCUGAGUUCGAGGGCAAGGUUGUGCUGCUUGUGGACGACUCCAUCGUGCGCGGCACGACCUCCCGCCAGAUUGUUCAGAUCGCUCGUGAGAACGGCGCCAAGGCUGUGUACUUCGCGUCGGCUGCGCCUGCCAUCCGCCACCCCAACGUGUACGGUAUCGAUAUGCCCACGACCGAGGAGCUCAUCGCCUUCAACAAGACCGAGGCCCAGGUCGCGAAGGAGAUUGGCUGCGAGUGGAUGAUCUACCAGGACCUGAAGGACCUGGAGGACUGCGUGCGGCAGGAGAACUCGGCGCUGGAGAACUUCGAUUCGUCGUGCUUCAACGGCCAGUACGUCACGGGCGACGUCAACCAGGCUUACUUCGAGCGGUUGCACGCUGAGCGUUGUGACGCGCGCAUGCAGGCCAAGAACAUGGGAUUCACGCCGUUCAACCGCACCAUCUCGACCCCGCAGUCUGACGAGAGCAUCGACAUGUACAACGCGCCGCAGUAAACUGGGGAGUUUAUCUGGUAACGGCAAAGCUGAACGAGGGAACCAGUCCAAUUACAAUGAACCCCUUGCGGGCGAAUGGGCCCCGUGGUAGGGGCCGAGGAAAUGUUCCGGAUCGCCAUGCUUGCUUGGCUUCCUCAUCUCUCCGGGGCGUACUUUAUCAUGGUGGGGUCUUCGGGCCUUUUCCUCUGUAGAAUCUACAUAGAGCAGAAAUGAACUCAGUUUCUUUCCAAACGCUCCCAUUACACCAUGACCCGCAGGAAGUGUGCUCUGUAAAAUCACGAAUCAAACGAACAAAUAGAACUUUCGUGAUGAAAUGCUGCCGCAUGCUGCUCAGCAUCCCCCACACUCUGAAAUUUGCUAAUUGUAUGUUGGGCAGGAAAUGCUGCCCAUGAUCCAUGCUACUUCAUCUACUGGAAUGGCACGCUGUUCUGCGCGAAAUAUGACUGCAGUGCCGUCAGCGUCGCAGGUGUCGGCAGUUUUGUCUGAGCAUACGCCAAAUGCUGAAAACACAACAAAAUAAUCGUCAGAGAUGAUACAUCCCCACCCCAGCGCAUUGAAUGAGCAAAAAAACAACUUACCACGCCAGGCUUAGAGGCCGACAACUUCGCAAUUGACUCGGCAAGGUAGCGCGUUGGCACCGGGUACUCCUGUAGGUGGUCAAGCGGCACCACAGACGCGAAGAAAAGCUUUGCGUAACCAGCUUCGUAUCCCGUCUGUUCCAGUUCCAGCAGCGCUUCAUCCUCGUCCUUGACUGCAGCACCGCUUUCUCCAGCUUCCUCGAGAACCUUUACCACUGCGGCCAACAUUUCUGUCCACAGAUCCAGGUCCGCCACACAAAGCUCCGUUUCACACAUCAAGCGCGUCAGGCCAAUAACACAGGCCUUUCGCUCAGCAGGGGUACGACCGCGAGCGUUGCACGUCAGCCAGACAGACUUGAUAAACAUGGUCGACAUUCCCUUCUGAAGAGCUUCCAGAGAUGCCAAAAAUGUGUCUGGGCCCAGCUUUCCGAUCAGCACAGAGACCGUGUAGAUCAGUUCCUUCGUGUAUCCCACAGAGUUGCGGCCAGCCAUACGAGUCUGCAACCGAAUCAUGAGGAUUUUGACGAUUUCGUUCAGGAAGUUCGCGUACGCUUCACGGGCCAUGAACGCGAAAAGACCGCGGAGCAACGAAAAAGCGUUCGCUUCAGUAGACCUGGACGAAAUGAGCUUCUGGAAAACACCAAGAAUUCCCUGCACCGACUGAGCAACAUCAUUCGGGGCCUUGCGCAUGUACGCCUCAAUGAGCUUCACAAUAGCCGGAACGUUGCUUACACGCUCCCACAGCGUAGGGUUCAGUAGCACCGGGAACAUACUCUUGUACGCAUCGGAGACGCCGCUCGGUCGGAGUUCGAGCAUCUGUGCCAGCACCUGAUACACGUAAGGCGACAGUGCAUCGACGUCGUUUGUCAGCACCUUCUGGAACGGCGGGAAGAGCAGUUCCUCGAAACGCUCCGUCGCGGCUGGGUUGGUUUUGCAGACGUUCAGGAUCAUGACGGACAGCGACUCGAAAAGGUAGUGGCUGAACGACGGGUUGCUGGGGUUGGCGCAGAUACGGUUCAGGAUACUGGUGAGCUUGUUCACAGCCAUAUCUGUAAGCGGCAAAAUGUCCUCCUUGGCCACGUUCAUCACCCGCAUAAUCACCUUCAUGAGGUAGUCGUUUUCCGGGUAGUUGGGCUGCUCAAGGAUGUUAAAUACGUGCUCCAGCAGCUUGCCUAGGUACGGGGCAAGACGCUCCUUCGAGAAUCUCAGCGAGCCGGACGGGUCCUUCACGGUAAGAAGGCGCUCGAGGCAAGCAGCAGCGUAGGUGUGCACCACAAACUGCGACGGGUCCAUGCAGUUCAUCAACAGAGGGAAGAGCUGGUCCAUGACUUCCACCGGCAUCUGACUACGGAAUGUCGAGACAAACUUGAUGGCAUCGGCCUUCAAGAUGAGCGAUGCCUGAUUGGGAGUCGACAGUUCUGGAAGCACCUCCGCCAUGAAAAAGUCCAUCAGCGGCACCCGGCUGUUCACCUCAGAUACACCACGCAGGCGCGACUGCUUCAUCGCGGAAAUAGCAAUCACCAGGUUGAUCGACACGUCUUUCAUCGCCCAAUUCCGAGCCGGGUCGGCCUUGUACUGCUGGAGGUGGGUUUGGAUCGUACUCAUACAGAUUUGCGUCACAGCCUCGUCAAAGUUGCCAAGCAGGCCACGCACCAAGUCGCGCGCGGCGCUGCGGCGGCUGUCACCGUCAGAGCCCUCAAUAUCGCGGCGGAUGUAGUCCAUUGGGUUGUCCUCGAAUAGCUCCUCAUCCGACGACCGCAGCUGCAGGUUCUUGACCACGAUUCCGCACAGCUCCGAGAGCACCUGCGGCGACUCAAACAGCGCGCGGUGGAACGAACGCGAGGCCACCGACGUCAGGAACUUCAUG